GUGAAGGAGGCAGUUCAGGUGGAAGAAUCUGGACAGUUUGGGCGAGUGGCGGGGUGCCGAGGUGGGGACGAACCCUGAGCAGACUGAUCAUAAGGUCUGGGAGGACCCGGGCUAAUUGGCAGAGUCUCACCGCCAUGAGGAAAGGUUGAUCUUCCGGUGAAGGUGCCGGACGGAUCAGAAAGCGGAGCUGGGUGCCAGCCGCGUUCUUUGCAGUCUCUGAGCAUUUUGUUUCUGCAGCUCGAAUGGAAAUGGAAUAUGUUAUUGACAGUAAUUUUUGAGCAGCUGGGCUGGACUGGGCAGACCACACCCCCUGUUCUCCCUGUUGGAGUUGCUGUGUGGGGUGUGUAUUGGGGUAGUGGGAAGAUCACAUGUCCUUACUCGUCCGUUUCUCUAGGCUCCUGUCCCACGUACGGAGCCACCUCUUUGACUGAACGUCGCACAUCGAAAGUGCUCCGUACUGAAUUUUUGAUUCGUGGGGUUGAGGAGAGCCGGUCUCCAUAAUGAAGUCAAAUUUUAGAUAAUUGUUUCCACUUCCUUAAAAACUGGCCUUUUCGCUUGAGUUGCUGAUGUCUUUCUCCUUCUCUCUCUGGGGGUGCCCUGGUGUAAAAGUGCCAAUUGUCAGUAUUUUGACUGUAAGGUAGCAGUUGUGAGGAGCCUGUCUUGUCCACAAAAGGAGUAAUUGAUACUUAAAUAAUUGAAAAUAGGCUCUGUUACAAAAACACCCCGUUUAGAUCUUUAUAAACAGCUACUGUACUGUCUUUCACUGAUCUUUUUCUGCUUUUCCUGUCAACAGAACGAGGGGCAGCGGGGGGGGCGGUGGAUUGGGAUUGGCCCCGGUGAGCCCCAAGGUGGUGUCUGUUCUGGCCUCAGGUUCUCAAGGGACAGACUCAUCGGUUCCAGCAGUGGGGGGUGGUCAGACAACAAACACUUCAAAGCGAGCUCGGCUCAUGCCAGACAGACAGGCGGUCUUCUUCUCUUGUUCCAGAAUUGAGUGUGAGCAGGACGCACCCUUAACUGCAGACUGCAGGUACUCCGUGCGUGUGUCCCCGCAGAUGGCAAACAGGAUCGUGGAUUCUGCAAGGAGCAUCCUCAACAAGUUCAUCCCCGAUAUCUAUAUUUACACAGACCACAUGAAAGGAGUCAGCUCUGGAAAGUCUCCGGGUUUCGGGUUGUCGCUGGUUGCGGAAACCACCACUGGCGCCUUCCUCAGUGCCGAGCUGGCCUCCAACCCCCAGGGCCAGGGUGCUGCCGUGCUUCCGGAGGACCUCGGCCAGAACUGCGCCAAGCUGCUGCUCGAAGAGAUCUAUAGGGGUGGAUGUGUUGACUCGACCAACCAAAGCCUGGGUCUGUUGCUCAUGACCCUUGGACAGCAGGAUGUCUCCAAAGUCCUGCUAGGACCGCUGUCUCCCUACACGAUAGAGUUUUUGCGGCAUUUGAAGAGCUUUUUCCAGAUUAUGUUUAAAAUUGAAACCAAGCCAUGUGGCGAAGAACUCAAGGGUGGGGAUAAAGUGCUGCUGACCUGCGUUGGCGUUGGCUUCUCCAACCUUAGCAAGACCCUCAAGUGAUACUGUCACAAGAUAAGGCCCCACUGCCUACAGACAAAGCAGACGCUUGCCACGGACACCCAAGGGGACCAAGUCCAAAUUCAUCCAGGACAGGAGAGCCUCUUACCUUAAGGAUUUCUUCAUUUUCCAUUAAAAACAAAGAACAUUUAAAUAAAAGACCUCUCUGUGUCAUGUGGUUUCUAGCCGUUUCUGCAGUGGCAUUGACAUUCCUCAGGAAGCCCAGUCACGACAAGAGCUCCCGUAGCCCACGGGGAGGAAGAACGUGCCUUCAGGACACAGCUGUGUUGCUGGAGCAACCGCGCCCCUGCAUCUCCGCAGGGCUCACUCCGUCUGCAUCCCCGGCUUCUGUCGUGGCGCUGUUCUCCAGACCUGCAGGGUCCGUUACAGUUUCUUCUGUGAGGACUGACCGCUUUGAGCCUCGGUUUCUGGGUAGGGAUUAAAUGAGAUCAUAUGGGUGGAAGCUCUUUAUGUGGAACGCACGUGUCAAAAAUUGAUAAUGUGAAACUAAUUUGUCCCUCGUCUUGUGAACGGACUGAUAUCUUGGAGGCAGCUACCACUCUUCUCUGGGCCGUCACGUGUAUAUGUGGGGGGAUGAGUGUCUGGAGAGGGCAGGGCUCGAUUAAACUUAUUGGAUAUUUUCUGUA